AGAGCCUGCCGACGGCCUCGAGGGGGGCGGGCCGCGCGGACGUCUGCGCGCGCGCGGAGGGGCCGGGCGCACUCUGGAGCCGCAGCUCCGGACCGACCGCCCCUCGGCGCGCUCCACGCCGCGCAUGCGCCCGCCGUGGUGAUGUGCGCGGUGGUCAUGGACUGCGGCGGGCUCGGCGGGCUGGCAGGAGGAGGCGGCUCGCCGGGCGCCCUGUCCCCCCACCACCGCACCGUGGAUGGCGCCCGCCUCGUCGGCCCGGGCAUCCCAGCGGUCCUGCCCGCGGGGGCGCUGGAGCAGCGGCGGCUGCACCCGCUGCCGGCGCGGGCGCUGUCCCCGGGCAAGCUGCGCCGCGGGCCGGGCCCCCAGGCCGGGGACUGGAGGCUGGAGCCGCUGCCCGGGGCGCGCCGGGGGCCGAGCGGGCCGCCCGAGGAGCGGAAGCUGGAGCCGCUGCCGUCCCCGUCCGCCGCGGCGCUGGCGGGGCUCCAGGAGCCCCUGGCGGCCCGCUGCGGCUCGAAGCCGCUGCCCUGGCGGAGGGGGCGGUCCUCGGGCUCGGGCGCCUGCUCGGAGCUGCGGCCGGCGAAGG